AUGCUCUCUCUAUCUAUGGAGAGCAUAACUGCGACUGCGCAAUCCCUUAUCAAAUCUGCUAUCUACAAGGCGGUCUCUGUGACCGUAAAGCUCCUCGCUCCUCAACUCGGUUGCAAUUCGCCGGAAAUCGUCGACUGCACCAAAUCAUAUCUCCCAUUCACCAGAAUUCCUCUCUCACUCAUCGGCCACAUUUUAUCUGCUCAGCGCUCCGACCCCGCAUUUACCCAACGAUGGCUCGCUCUACAAUUCCCUACACCAGCUACGAAGACCACCUAUGUUCAAAUGUCACCGUCCCAAACCUCACAUUCUAUUGACUAUAAAGCUGCCAUAGCUGGUGGUCUUCUUCUUGAAAUGGGACUAUUGGUGGUGUUUACGGUCUGCAUCCUAGCGGCUCGUGCUACCCUCCGCCGCUCUACCCUUCGCGCAUCUUCUAGGCGUGUGGCAGAACGUCCAGUAGUGCGAGGAAGUUCUUUGGGCGCACGGGUCGCUAUCUCGUAUUUCCGUUGGAUGACAAUCGCUCGAUUCCUUCUCUUCGUCGUCUUCCCCGCCGUUCCUCUGCUCAUUGUAACUCGAAUAAUUCGAGGAUGCAUCCGCAUAACUCGUGUGACGUGCUUCACCUUCGUGCCAUACAUACUCAUCCAGUUGGCGGCCUUUCUAUACAAUGCGUGGUCGACUCUCGUAUCUGUCUACAAUGCCGCACUUUCCCUUGCUAUGGAUUCCUGUGUCGCUAUAUGGCAUUCACAAGCACUUGGCACCCUCCUCGAUGCGACGUCCUGCUGUGCAAAGUUCGCCAUAAACUAUCAGCACAAGUCUACUCUUGCCCUCGUUGCUACUGCAUUGGCCAGACUCAUCCCCGACGAGGCGGACUUCGCGACAUCGUACCUCUUUUACCACCCUUUUGGGAGCUUCCUUCACCCUACCGUGCUCGCUAACGUGGUCAUCCUCCUGCAAGCUAUCAUCUACUUGCUCCCAUCUACACCUUUCUACAUUGCGUUCUCCGAUGUCGUGGUCGCACGCGUUCAAUGCGAACUCGCAACGGCCCUGCCUAUUCUUGACCAGCUCGCUCGCCAUUAUGGGGAUCGCGCGCGUCAAGGUCUUCUUGCUCACUGCGCGGACCUCGCCACGCUUUCGCAGACGUACACUCUGAUCGUCUCGCAUCGUGUCUUCCAGACUUACUUACGGCCUCUACACAACGCGCUCGUGGCGCACUAUCAUCAUCGCAUCGAAAGCGCCCAAAUUUCAUUCUUCUCGUAUAUCGGCGCAUUGACCGUCAAGGAAGAGCUACCGGCCAUCCCCCGUUUCCCCGCGAAGGAGGUGCGCGAAAUUAAAUACGCGGUCUCGCUUGGCGAACGAUUGGGGUCUGGUGCAUUCGGUUCCGUGUAUAAGGCCACUUCUGACAAACUUCCUGGAACCUUGGCGGUCAAAGUAUGCGUCAAGAAGAAGUUCAUUACUCAGGAGCGACUCUGGCUGGAAGCCAGUAUAUUGGCGACCAUGGGCGGUCACUACAAAUCCUUCCCCGAACUUCACGGCUACUAUGAAGGCAACUUCGCUUUCAACUUCGUCAUGAGAGGAUACACAGGCGGAACUCUAGAGUCCCGCGUCAUGGAAGGCCGUCUUGAUAUGUCUCGUAUACAGCACCUGUCUGCUCAACUCCUUCUUGCUAUCCAUUUCCUUCACUGCCAAGGUAUCAUCCAUCGCGACAUCAAGCCUCCCAAUGUACUCCUCGACGGUGACGAUAGAAUUGUUCUCACCGACUUCGGUGUCUCCCAUUGGUUUCCAGAAUGCUACGACCAAGAUUGGAUGGCCUUGAGAGCCUCGUCGCAUUACGACUUCCCUCCUCUGAACCCAUAUCCCGGACACCCCCAUCUUAUGAGCCCCCUCAACGACAGCGGGUGCACACCAAAUUACGCCGCUCCUGAAGUUCGUCUGGGAUUGUCUUAUUCGUACGGCAUUGAUUUCUGGAGCUUUGGUGCUACACUUCAUUGGAUAUUCACUGGAAAGGACCCUGUUGUUGACCCGAAACACGACCUCGUUAUCGUGUCGCGACAAAACACGGAUCCUACGCGAUUCCCAGUGGUCGCCCACAGGUUCUUAGAGCGCAUCUUGGACUUCAACCCCCGUCUCCGCCUCCGCCUUUCAGCGAUGAUGAACGACGAGUUCUUCACUGGAAUAGAUUGGGAACAACUCGGGCACAGUAUGACCCGAGAAAUCCCUUCCACCGCUUGA